CCAUGUGAAUCAUCUGUGUCAAAGCCAAACCACCGCGGCUGCCUCCUGGAAGAAGCCUGAUUACUGUGCCGUGUGUGUGUGUGUGUCCGUGUGUGAGAGAGAGAAUGAGACAGUGUGUGUUUGGGCUGUGAUUGGAUAAUCUGAAUGCAGAUCUGGGAGGAGUGAGCGGAAUAACAGAGUGAAUAAGAGAGACGGGGGUAAAAUAAUAAUAAAAAAAGGCUGGCCCACAGAGAAGAGCCGCAACAAGAACCAUGUCUCUGACUCCGAGCGCAUCUGCCAGCCUGCAGCCAGCAAAGAUGAAAAAAGACGAAUCCUUUCUGGGGAAAUUAGGAGGAACCCUGGUCCGGAAGAAACGGGCUAAAGAAGUGAGCGAUCUCCAUGAGGAGGGGAAGAAUGCCAUCAACGCACCUCUGCUUCCUUCUGCAACAGAAAUCCAUCCAGAGGACACUCUGCUGGAAGAAAAUGCUGAAAGGAUCAUGCUGGACCCCACGUCAAGGGAAAACCCUAAAUUUAAAGAUCUCGUGAAGGUGCUGAUCGACUGGAUCAACAGCGAGUUGGAGGAGGAGAGGAUCAUAGUGAAAGACCUGGAGGAGGACUGCUACGACGGACAAGUGCUGCAGAAGCUGUUCGAGAAACUGUCGGGUCGGAAGCUGAACGUGGCGGAGGUCACCCAGUCGGAGAUCGGACAGAAGCAGAAGCUGCAGACGGUUCUGGAGGCGGUCAACAACACGCUGAGGCCUCACGGCUGGACGCUGGAGUGGAGUGUGGACUCGAUCCAUUCAAAGAACCUGGUGGCUAUCGUUUACUUGCUGGUUGCUCUCGCUAUGCACUUCCAGGCUCCCAUCAGACUCCCCGAACACGUGACUGUGCAGGUGGUGGUGGUAAAGAAGAGAGAAGGAAUCCUGCAGACUGCUGUCGUGGCUAAAGAACUGACCAGCACCACGGAAAUGAUGCUGGGGCGAUUUGCAGAGCGGGAUGCAUUUGACACGUUGUUGGAUCACGCGCCCGACAAGCUCAACGUUGUGAAAACGUCCCUCAUCACCUUCGUGAACAAACACCUGAACAAGCUGAACUUGGAGGUCACUGAGCUGGAGUCUCAGUUUGCUGAUGGAGUGUACCUGAUUUUGCUGAUGGGGCUGCUGGAAGACUAUUUCGUCCCUCUCUACAACUUUUUUCUCACCCCUGAAAGCUUUGAGCAGAAGGUUCACAACGUGGCAUUUGCCUUUGAGCUGAUGCAGGAUGGAGGCCUGAAGAAACCAAAGGCAAGACCAGAAGAUGUGGUCAACCUGAACCUGAAGUCCACCCUCAGAGUCCUCUACAAUCUGUUCACCAACUACAAAAACUCUGACUGAACCCGUUUCCCUGGCAGUACUCUGGCCAGAGUAACUCUGAACACGCCGUAACGACGUUAGCCCGGGCUAACGUCGUUACGGUCUGGACACUGGAAGGCGGCCACCUGGGACUGAGGGACAUCAUCAUUAUCUGCAAUCCAAAACCCCCCGGAGGAAAGGGCAGAACGAGGCUCUGAACGUUCUUCUUUAAUCAUCGUCUUUAAUCCAAAUGUCAGUAUUUAUUUAUUCCAUCCUCGAAAGUUGUCUGCGACUUAAGAAGCAGGGCGACCUUUAGGCUCUGCAUUUGAAUACAGCCGUCAUGGGAAAACGACGACACUGGAGAAUGUUUGUGCUGAAGUGAACUAAUUGCCUUCAGCGCUGAAUAUUUUUGCUGACAUUUUCGGCAAAAAUAUUCAGCUGGAUCGUGGAAAUGGAACUGAAAUUUUAGAUUAGAAUGUUUUUUUCACUUUAUUUUUUGUUGCAAAAAAAGAAAAAGAGAAGCCAGAAUCAGAAUAGAAAGGUUAUAUUUUAGCUCUUCUUCUAUUUGCUCAGCCUAUGCAAAACUCAAGCCGUUAACUCUGUGAGAUGUACGAGAUACAAAGCAGUCUGUUCAAAACUUGUACCGAUAAGUAUGUUGUAAAAGUACAUGAAUGUAAUAACUGUCCUUUAAAACUCAUAUUUAAUUAAAAAUAGUUUAAACAAAGCAAAUCAA